AUGGAAGACCACAGUGACAGCGGUCUGGAGGUCCUCAAGUCUCGAAGGAGGAGGUCGGUCUUCCUUCACACUGGAGUCCGGAUCUGUCCCCAGGAAAGUCUUGGUGACGUCCUGUCCAGUCACCGCAACUACUACCAGCUGAGAGUUUGCCAGGAGGCGGUGUGGGAGGCUUUUCGGAUCUUCUUGGAUCGGAUCCCUGGGACCUCGGAGUACCAGUCCUGGGUCCAGGCCUGUCAGACUGAGUCACUGUGCAUCUCCAACAUCGCCCUGAACUUCAGCAGCUCUGAGGAGCAUCUGAGCCUGGUCCACAGGAGAAUGAACCGAGUGAGAGACCACAGACCUCCCUCACGGGCGACCGUCACAGCGGCUCCAGUUCACAGACCUCCUCACAUCUCUGGUUCUAAAGCUCCGCCCACAGUUCAGUCCGUUGUCACAGCGGCAACGAGCCGAACCAGCCAAUCACAGACGUCCUCUGAUGACGUAGACCGAGAUAACCUGAUCCCUGAGGUCCACAGUGACUCCACAGAGAAGCCUGCUCCAAAUGUAGACAAGAUUUUAGACCAAGGAGAAGACCAGGCCAUAGACCAAGCCCCAGACCAGGCCAUAGACCAGACCGUAGAUCAGAAUGUAGACCAGACCGUAGAGCAAACCGUAGACCAGACCGUAGAUCAGACCGUAGAUCAGACCGUAGAUCAGACCGUAGAUCAGACCGUAGAUCAGACCAUAGACCAGACCGUAGACCAGAGGGACCUACCUCUGGACCAGCGUGUGGACUGGACCGUGGACCUCCUGGACCCGGGGUACAGGGAGCUGCUGGAGGAACAGGACUCACUGCACGACCUGAGCAAACAUCUACAGGAACAGAUGCAGAGCGCCUUCGUCUCUCUCCCGAGCUUCAGGUCUCUGUCUGUGAUGGACAUCAGAACCAUCCAUAGUGGGAUCUCGGUACAGUUCUCGCUCCUGUUGAGGACCCCAGACCUGGUCUUGGCCCGGACUUCAGACCCAGAUCUACAAGACCUGAUCCGGACCAGACUCAGAGACGAGUCACUGCUGCCUCUAGACCUGACCUCACUCAGUUUCAGUCCAGCGGUGCUUGUGUCGCCUGUGCCCCAGCCGACUGAACCAGACUCACACAAGUUAAAAGUGGUGCAGGAGGUGGAGGAGGUGCAGCAGGAGACGGAAGUGGAGAGGCCUCCUCUGAUGCCGCUGGAGGAGGAGAAAGCUGUGGUCUCUCUGCUGGUCCCCAGCCCCAUGACCUCUGUGGAGACCUCAGUGGAGACCUCAGUGGAGACCUCCAGGCCCCUUCUCCACAGCCCAGGACCUUCUCCUGAGGCUGAAGACCAGACCACACACACAACCAUCUCUCCCAAUGAGCUCCCAGAAGAUCCAGGCUCAGACAGCUCCUACAGACCUCCCACCACCGACAAGGUCACAUCCCCAGAGGAGGUCACCACACCCCCAGAGGAGGUCACCACUCUCCCAGAGGAGGUCACCACACCCCCAGAGGAGGUCACCACACCCCCAGAGGAGGUCACUACACUCCCAGACAUCACCGGACAACCGGCAACGCAGCCACCUCCAGAUGAUCAGGAGAAUGCCAUUCCAGAGGAGGGGGAGAUCCAGAGGAACUUAGAAGAGGGUUCCAGAGGAGUGGAAGUGCUGAGGGAACCUGAGCUUUUCAACAAAGACCUGAAGACUGAAACAGCGAUGGAUUCUAAACAUCUGGGUGGAACCGGGGACAUAGCAGCUCCUCAAGAGGUGGUCGUACGGACAGAUUUGCCUGAGCCUGAUCCAGAGACUUCAGAAGGAGCUCCAGAACCUGCUGACAGUGAGCGAGGAGAUGGAACUGUUGUAGUCGGAGAAGCCGUGUCUCAAGAUGAAAAUCUGAGGCAAGAAAUUGAAAGUGUGGAUUGGAUUCAUCCGUACGGGAAAAUGGGAGCGGAUUUGGAAGACGAGGUGAGACAGGAAGCAAAGGGAGAGGUGGAAGAAGCAACGCCGUUCACCACAAAACUGGAAGACGAGGUAGUGCCAAUGGAAGUCGAGAAAGAAAUGGUAUUGGAGAUAGAAGCUGAGUCUGAUGAGAAGGUUGUCAGCUCAAAAGAGGAGGAACCAAAGAUCAGAGAAAUAGAUAGCCCAAAACUAACAGAGCCACAGACAACAGCAGAGGACAUUUUUGUAGUCCUUCCAUCACCAGAAGAUGAAGAAACUGUAGUGCAAACUGAAGGGCCAGAGCUCAAAGAGACAAAACCAAUGACAGAAGACAUGUUUGUAGUCUUUCCAACGCCUGGAGAAAGAGUUGUCCAAACAGACAGUCCAAAAGAAGAGGAAACUGCCGGAAGGCCAGAGACAGAGGAGGACACAUUUGUAGUCCACACCACUCCAGCUGUUUUAGUCCACAAAGAAAAUGAACUGGUCAUUUUACCGCCGCUAGAGGAGGAGCCAAAAUAUGAGGAUGAUGUCACGGAGGACCAGAAGGAAGGAGACAAAAUGGAAGACAGAGUUGUAGUCCAGGACACUGGACCAGAGGAGACUGGACCAGAGGAGACUGGACCAGAGGAGACUGGACCAGAGAAGACUGGACCAGAGGAGACUGGACCAGAGGAGACUGGACCAGAGGAGACUGGACCAGAGGAGACUAGACCAGAGGCGACUGGUCCACAGCAGACUGGACCAGAGGAGACUGGUCCACAGGAGACUGGACCAGAGGAGACCAGACCAGAGGAGACUGGUCCACAGGAGACUGGACCAGAGGAGACUGGACCAGAGGAGACUGGACCAGAAGAGACAGGACCAGUGGAGACGGGAUCAGAGGACACUAGUCCUGGACUGGAGCCGGUCUCUGAGUCCAUAAAGAUCCGCAGACCUCUGGAUGGCCGUGAGGGGACUGUGUUCAGAGGGAAUAGGGUGGAGGAGUUUGAGGAGAUGAAUGUGCUGACGAUGGAGGAGACAGAAGAAGAAGAGGAGCGAGGACAUGAGAGCCCUAUGGAAACAACUGCAGCUGCUCCAGCGGUCCUCCACGUCUCUGCUCCUCCAGGUCCAGAGGAGGUCCUCCACGUCUCUGCUCCUCCAGUAGCAGAGGAGAGGAGGUCCCCCAUGUCUCUGCUCCUCCAGUACCAGAGGAGGUCCCCCAUGUCUCUGCUCCUCCAGUACCAGAGGAGGUCCCCCAUGUCUCUGCUCCUCCAGUACCAGAGGAGGUCCCCCAUGUCUCUGCUCCUCCAGUACCAGAGGAGGUCCCCCAUGUCUCUGCUCCUCCAGUACCAGAGGAGGUCCCCCAUGUCUCUGCUCCUCCAGUACCAGAGGAGGUCCCCCAUGUCUCUGCUCCUCCAGUACCAGAGGAGGUCCCCCAUGUCUCUGCUCCUCCAGUACCAGAGGAGGUCCCCCAUGUCUCUGCUCCUCCAGUACCAGAGGAGGUCCCCCAUGUCUCUGCUCCUCCAGUACCAGAGGAGGUCCCCCAUGUCUCUGCUCCUCCAGUACCAGAGGAGGUCCCCCAUGUCUCUGCUCCUCCAUCACCAGAGGAGGUCCCCCACGUCUCUGCUCCUCCAUCACCAGAGGAGGUCCCCCAUGUCUCUGCUCCUCCAGUACCAGAGGAGGUCCCCCAUGUCUCUGCUCCUCCAGUACCAGAGGAGGUCCCCCAUGUCUCUGCUCCUCCAGUACCAGAGGAGGUCCCCCAUGUCUCUGCUCCUCCAGUACCAGAGGAGGUCCCCCACGUCUCUGCUCCUCCAGUACCAGAGGAGGUCCCCCAUGUCUCUGCUCCUUCAGUACCAGAGGAGGUCCCCCAUGUCUCUGCUCCUCCAGUACCAGAGGAGGUCCCCCAUGUCUCUGCUCCUCCAGUACCAGAGGAGGUCCCCCAUGUCUCUGCUCCUCCAGUACCAGAGGAGGUCCCCCACGUCUCUGCUCCUCCAGCACCAGAGGAGGUCCCCCAUGUCUCUGCUCCUCCAGUACCAGAGGAUGUCCCCCAUGUCUCUGCUCCUCCAGCACCAGAGGAGGUCCCUCACGUCUCUGCUCCUCCAUCACCAGAGGAGGUCCCCCAUGUCUCUGCUCCUCCAGCACCAGAGGAGGUCCCUCACGUCUCUGCUCCUCCAUCACCAGAGGAGGUCCCCCAUGUCUCUGCUCCUCCAGCAUCAAAGGAGGUCCUUGACGUCUCUGCUCCCCCUUCUCCUACAGAGACAAUCCACUCCUUUGCUCCUGAAGCAUUCUCAGUGCCAGGUUCUCCUGCGCCUCCACACACACCUCCUGGAGCUCCUCUAG